UAAUUCUCUUCCAGGGAAGAGAUCGACUCAAACAGACGACGCUUGCCAAAGGCUAAAAAUAUACAGAAACUUGAAUGGAGCUGCGCACUGGAAGAAUCUGCGAGAGCCUCAGAUAAGAGAUGUCAGUUUGAGCAUACGUCAAAUCUUGGCGAGAAAGCCGAAAAUAUAGCAUACGUGGAGAGUUCCAAUUUAACUCCACGUAAUGUUUUAUUUUAUUUGAAGUUCGCACGUGAGAGCAAUGAUCAAAAAAUGUAUGAGAUUGACGAUCUCUGCUCUGGUUGUGCGGAGGGAACUGGCUGUCGAAGUAAUGCGCUUUGGCAGAGAAAGAAGGCGGCAGUUGCUGCACAUCAUUUACAGUCUAAUAUUACUUUCCCUCGCUAA